GCCACAGAAGUCUCUUUGCUUGCAUUGCUUCCCCAAUUCAACAUCCAGUUCUUGCCUUUGGGAUUGGAAGCAGCUAUUUUGUUGGUCCAACUAUUUAUAGCUGGUUCAACUGCUGUUCGUCACCAAGCUGUUCAACAACUCCUUCAGGUUUGAAGAUUUGGUGAACAUUCCAGAUAGAAAUGAACUUCAAGUGCCUCUGGCUCCUGGCCAUUGUCCUGGUCUUAGGAUUCACCAGUUUUGCAGAUGCCAGGGGUGGCCGAGGUGGUGGCCGAGGUGGCCGAGGUGGCCGUGGGGGCAGAGGACAAAAAGGCAACUGUAAUGUACCUCCUCGUCGGAGAAGUGACUGUGGAUGGCCUGGAAUAUCUAGAAGUACAUGUUUAAGUAGAGGGUGCUGUUUCAGCAGUGCAAUCAAGAAUGCGAAAUGGUGUUUCCACCGAAAUUAGAAUGAAAUGAAGGCACAGACCAGGAACGUCCGACAACGGCGUCCCUCCAAGACAAAAACAAAAAACAAAAUACUGGCAUAGCUGUAGCUUUCAACAUUUCCUGCUCUCUACCCCGAUUUCCUGCUUCUUUCCUUGCCAGGGGGGUCAGUUCAUAUCUGCACACAACAACUGCGUAUCCUCUCCCGCAAAGCUAUGAAUAUAGCUAAUUAGUCUCAGCUCCAUUUUUCCAACUUUGGAUAUUACUCAUUAGAAUGUAGAAAUGCAUUUUAUUUUCCUGUUUGCAUUUAUGAAGCUAUUU